UCUUUUCCUUCGCCAUGUUCCGCUUCCCUUCCAUCAUUCUCUCACGCCGUCUCCACCGCCGCAACAAACUAUUUUCCACCACUUCGCAACCGCUCGAGCUACCGCUCUCUCACCCCAUCUACAUCAUCUGGGGCUCCAACACCGGCGUUGGCAAAACCCUAGUCUCCGCCGGCAUCGCCGCCGCCUCCCUACUAUCUUCCCCUGCCAAAUUUCACUACCUGAAGCCCGUCCAAACCGGUUUCCCUUCCGACUCCGACUCCCGCUUCGUGUUCAACAAGCUCCGCCAACUCUUUCUCCGCCGCAAACUCCACACUCCUUUCGCCGCCUCUCACCGCAUCCUCAAUGCCUCUUCCGCCGCAAGGGACAGCGGAAAUCGCGACAACGAGAUGGAUCUGUCUUCGUAUUUCGCCGGUGAAGAAGGGCUUGCCUUCUCGGAGUUGAUUUGCAAGACCUUGUUUGCGUGGGAAGAGGCGGUGUCGCCGCAUUUGGCCGCGGAGAGGGAAAGUUUGGUUGUGAAGGACUCGGUGCUGCUGGAAAUGUUGCAGCAGUGUUUUAGAGACGUGUUGGAAAGUGGUGUGGAUAAGGAGAGAUCGGAAGUUGUGUGUGUCGUUGAGACUGCCGGUGGAGUUGCGAGUCCAGGUCCUUCUGGGUCACUUCAAUGUGACUUGUAUAGGCCAUUCCGUAUUCCUGCAAUUCUUGUCGGAGAUGGGCGGCUAGGAGGUGUUUCUGGAACAAUUUCAGCUUACGAGAGCUUGGUGAUUCGAGGUUAUGAUGUUGUUGCUAUUGUUCUUGAAGAUCACGGCCUUCUAAAUGAGGGUCCACUAAUGUCUUAUAUGCGAAACAAGGUUCCUGUUCUAGUGCUACCACCUGUUCCAAAAGAUCCAUCAAAUGACCUACUGGAAUGGUUUGAAGAUUCUCAUUAUUUAUUUAGUAAUCUAAAGGAAAUACUGCUAUCUGCUUAUUUUGAGAGAAUCAAGAAGUUGCAUGACAUGCCAAGAAAGGCGAGUGAUAUCAUCUGGUGGCCAUUUACUCAACACAAACUUGUACCAGAUGGAGGGAUCACAGUAAUUGAUUCACGCUGUGGUGAGAACUUUGCAGUCUUCAAGGCUCAGAAGACAGAAGUCAUAGAACCACUAUUUGAUGCAUGUGCUAGUUGGUGGACUCAAGGACCUGAUGCUAUAAUGCAGACUGAGCUUGCUAGGGAGAUGGCAUAUGCUGCCGCAAGAUUUGGGCAUGUAAUGUUCCCUGAGAAUGUUCAUGAGCCAGCCUUAAAUUGUUCUGAGCUUUUGCUUGAAGGUGUGGGGAAAGGUUGGGCUUCUCGAGCAUAUUUUUCAGACAAUGGAUCUACUGCUAUUGAAAUUGCUCUGAAGAUGGCAUUUCGUAAAUUUUCUGUUGAUCAUGGACUUAUUCUGGAUUGUCAUGAGGAUACUACAAAUGAAAGAUCCACUGAGCUUAUGGUCCUUGCACUUCAGAGAUCUUAUCAUGGUGAUACAUUGGGUGCUAUGGAAGCACAGGCGCCAUCAUCGUAUACAGGCUUUCUGCAGCAACCAUGGUACACUGGAAGAGGUCUUUUUCUGGAUCCUCCUUCUGUCUUUAUGCACAACAAUACAUGGAAUAUUUCCAUUCCGGAAGGGUUUCAGUCAGAAAAUCUGAAACAUGAAACCUUUGCUUCUCGUGACGAAGUAUUUCACAAGGGCAGGGAUAAGUCGGAGCUUGCUACAGUUUAUUCAUCUUACAUAUCAAAAGUAUUAUCUGGAUGUAGAGGGUCGAAUAAUGUUGGAGCAUUGAUUAUGGAACCAGUGAUACAAGGUGCUGGUGGAAUGCAUAUGGUUGAUCCACUUUUUCAGCGUGUACUUGUUAAUGAGUGUCGGAGUAGAAAAAUUCCAGUCAUCUUUGAUGAGGUUUUUACUGGUUUUUGGCGUUUGGGAGUAGAGACUGCAGUGGAGCUAAUCCAUUGUGAACCAGAUAUAGCCUGCUUUGGGAAGUUGAUGACUGGUGGGAUUAUUCCAUUGGCUGCCACCUUGGCAACAAAUGCUGUGUUUGAUUCAUUUAUUGGAGACUCAAAGCUCAAGGCCCUUUUGCAUGGACAUUCUUACUCUGCACAUGCUAUGGGCUGCAUGGCUGCAGUUAAAUCCAUCCAAUGGUUUAAAGACCCUAGUUCCAACGCUAACGUCUCUUCUGAAGGAAGAUUACUUAGGGAGUUAUGGGAUGAUAAAAUGGUUCGCCAGAUUUCAUUACACCCUGCAGUUCAAAGAGUAGUUGCAUUAGGAACUCUAUGUGCCUUGGAACUAAAAGCAGAAGGCAAUAAUGCUGGGUAUGGAACAUUGUAUGCAAGACCCCUUCUUCAGAAACUUCGGGAAGAUGGUGUUUAUAUGAGGCCUCUCGGUAACGUCAUUUAUCUCAUGUGUGGACCCUGCACGUCUCCAGAAAUUUGCAAUCAAUUACUCGUCAAACUUUAUAAGAGGCUUGAAGAAUUUAAUGGAAGUAAAAAUUGAGAAUCCUGACCUGGGGGGAACUG